CGUUCCCCCUCUCCAAGGAAAGCGAGCCCCAUUCUGAUCCUGCCGAUCCGUGGCGCUGGCGCCGCCGCCGCCGCCGCCGCAUCGCAUUCCCCCGACACGCCGAAACCUAGCUCCUCAAUUCUCACCGCCCACCCCUCUGACACCCCCCCCCAUCCCCGGUCUCCGCGCCCGGAACCCGCGGCGAGAUGGCCUCGACCUGCUUCCGCGCCGCCGCUCGCGUGGCCUCCGCCGUCGGCCGGUCGGCGGCGGCGGCCCGCCCCGCCACGUUCGCUGGCCGCGCCGCCUCCGCUGCCAGCCGCGCCCCGUGCUUCUCCAGGGUUCCGGUGGAGCUCGGGUGCUGCGCGGGGUUGUCGCUGCUGCCGCUGCACAGCGCGGUGGCGGCGGCCAGACUGACGUCGCGGCUGAGCACGGACUCGAGCUGCCGUGCUCUCUCUCAGGGCACUGCUGCAGGCACAUGACUUUGCUAUUUCUUGAAAGAUUUUACUGGGAGCUUGCUGUUUUGCUUCAUACAAUCAUGAAGAAUGAGUACUUUAACAUGCAAAAUUGUAAUGGAAGAGUAGAGUUUGUUAUUUAUCUAAAAGUACUAGCUACCUCUGUUGAGGAAUGCCUUGGUGCAAUAAUGUGGCAUCCUUUUCGAAUGUUUUACACGGUAGUUGACCAUUCACUUGAGUCAAUAUUUCUGGGUGCAAUGCUUAAAUUGUGUCUCUUUCGUUCUUUCUUUCUUUGCAUUUUAUUUGAGACUCCUGUUUGCAUUUUGAGAGAGCUGCAUGCCUGCUUGAUAUUUUUGUUCAACAGAGAAUUUUAAUCUGGUCGCCGUUGUAGUUUACCAUAUGAUCACUCUUCUUUUCUCAGAUGAAAAUGAUGGUACGUGAAACAUUUACGCAAUGUCUUAAGGUGGGUGCUUGGAUAUUUGGCAAUGAUGCAUGCUUGUUACCGCGACAACCACAUUUUAGUCAUAGAGCUUAUGCUUUAGAGCCACUUGUAAAGUAUUUUUUGCUACUGUGGGGGCUCACAUGCAAUGCUACACUGUAUGCUUCAUACUUAUAAUUGAAGAAUGAUUAAAUUUCCAA